AAUCUGGGGUAAAAUUCCAAUGGUAUUGAUAAUAUCUUUGCAAUGAAAUUUAAAACUUUAAAUUGAAAUUUAAAAAAUUAAAACUUUCAGAUAACCAAGAUGUACUUUCAGUGGGAUUGGCUGUGCUUGGGUGUCCUGGUAAUUAGCUCAGUUACUGCAGAAACUGAAAACAAAGAAACUCUGGAUUCCAGUGUUGAAGUAGAGGAUUUUGACAAGCAGUCUCAAGAAGCUGAUGUUGAUGGAGGUAAAUCUUCCUUAGAGGUUGUGUACCGGACUCCAGAGCCAACAGGGGAAGUGUAUUUUACAGAAACCUUUGAUGGAGUAUUGGCUGGGUGGGUGUUGUCUAAAACGAAGAAAGAAGACACAGAUGAAAACAUUUCUAAAUAUGAUGGUAAAUGGUUUUAAUGUUCAUUUCCACCGUAUGGUUUCUGAUGUUCUGUUGUUCUUUGAGAAGC